ACGUAAAUUGAAACUGACUCUUGAGCUCGCAAUGAACUCAACCAAACAAACAAAAAACGAUCGUUGGCUCGACUCAAAGCACUUUUUGGGUCGGAAUGGAAGACGAAAGCAGUACCAGCAACAACGACGACGACAAAGAUCCAUGGUUGGCACCCGACAAACUCUACCAUUUCCUCUUCUGCUUCUUUCUUACAUUCCUCUUCUCCACUUUAGCUUCACUCUCCCGCUUCUCCUUUCUCCGUAACCAUUCUAUUCGGGUCGGAUCCAUCCUCUCCCUCGCCGCUGGCGCUGCCAAAGAGGCUGCUGACCAGCUCGGAUUAUUCCCCUCUGCUGGUGCCUCUUCCAGAGAUGCCGUCGCCGAUCUCCUUGGCGUUUUGGUCGCUGCAAUGGUGCUUUCUCUACGGAAGAGGCUGCUCCGAUUCGGGGCACUCCCGACGGGUUUUGCCUGUUUGAAUGAGAAUCUCCCGUUAAUUGAGUAAAUGGGUUGACUGGUUUUUGGUAGAUUCAACGUGUGGCUAGUUACUUGGAGGACAGGAAACAUUUGGUUGCCGAUAAAAUGAAGGGAAAGAAAGCUGUCAUUGAUGGAUGCUAAUUACCUCCUGAAGCUCCUCACAGUUAAAGGCUUUUCACCAUCUUCCUCGGGCAGCUUGACAGCAGUAUAGGUUCCUGCACCACAUAGCGCCCCCAGGAUGGGAGCAGUGAAGUAGACCCAUAUAGCUUUGUAGUUAUUUGCUGCUAUGGCUGGCCCCAAUGUUCUUACUGGAUUCAUUGAAGCACCUGUAAAUGGUCUGUUCCACAGCACAAAAGAAAGGAUUUCUGAGGAACAUCUCAUGGAAUUCAUCAAGUACUUAGCGUUGAGAGCGCUAAAUUCUCAUUGUGGUCAGGAUUGAACAGAGAAGAGGAAGGGUACUUUUUUCUUUUUGAGCUUUCUAAUAGUUGAAGGUACUGUAGAAAUUUUUAAAGCUCAAAUUACGAUCCCACUCUUUUGUUUCCUUAACUGUAUUUUGCUUCCCAAAUGUUGCUUUCAUAGAAUCUCUUCCCUUCCUCCCUCUACCGUCCCUUAAUUAGUGUUAACUUUUUUAAAGAAAGAAGAAAAGGAAGAAAGGGGGGUGGGUGGCUUUGAACUUUGAUGGGGUUUCAUAAUUGUGGGCACUGAGUUGUCUUUGAUGUCAUAAUUGGUUUGACUUGAUCUUUUAUAUAUAUUUCUAGCAGAUACUUAUCAUAUUUGUUGUUAAA